AUGAUGGGCAAGUGUCGCCUAGCUGCUUCGCCUUGUUUUCUCCUCUUUUUGUUGGCUCUCCUCGCCGCAUCCCGCGGAGCUUCCGCGGUUCGGUUCACGCUAGACCAGUUCGAGUGCCUGACCUACUACGUGCAUUACGUCGGCGACGAAGUGCAUGGUAACUUCGUCGUCGUCAGUUCGCAAACGUGGGGCGAAUGGGAGUCGCUGGGCGUCGACAUCGUUGUGGAGGACCCUGAGGGAUACCACGUGCACUCGGCGCAGGGUCAGACGGAGGGCGUGUUUUCAUUUGAGUCGAUGCAGGAGGGCGACUACAAGGUGUGCUUCACCAACAAGUCGCCCAUCAACGAGGAAAUUGUAUUUGAGCUGCACGUGGGCCACCACUACAGCGAAAAGGAGCUCGCCAAGGAAGAGCACGUGGAGCAGACGAGGGACAAGGCGAAGAACCUGUACGAGCGGGUGAUGGUGCUGUCCUUGCAUGCCAAGUUCCGCCACUCGCAGGCGCAGAGGCUCAACGAACUGGCCAAGACCACCACAGCAAGGCUCAUCUUCAAGACGGCCGUCCAAUCAGGCGCGCUCAUUCUUUGCAGCUCUAUCCAGGUCUAUCUGUUGCACCGUCUCUUUGAACGCAAGCUGGGGAGAUCCUUUGUGUGA